AUGCAUCCACACUUGCACACCAAAGAUAACAUCGCUUGCGAGGAGGUCAUGACCGCCCUCGAGGAGUGCCACGCCCGUGGCUUUCUCUGGAAGUCGCUGGGCAUGUGCAGCAACAUCAAGCACGACGUCAACAUGUGCCUGCGAGCCGAGAGACUAAAGCGCACGGCCGCGAAUCGCGAGAUCGCCAAAGCCAAGAGAGAAAAGAUCCAGAGGGCCUGGGCCGAGAUUGACAAGAACUCGUGA